AUGGCCGUUGCAAAGCAGCAGAAGCACGCGCCAGCGCCAGCGUCAGCAUCAACAGUGGGCGCUACUACCGCGGCGGCCACGGCCAACCUCUGGGAGACCAUGCUGCGAGACGCGAUGCGGAGAAGCCGGCUUCCUUCCAGCACGCUCGUCUUCGUCGGCCCCAAGGGCUGCGGCAAGUCGUCUCUCCUCGACACCUUCCUCGAGGGGCAGGGAUCCGCCUCUACUAACAACCCUUCCGGCAGCGGUGCAGCGGCUGCCUCAGCCGUCGUCGCGCCGACCCCGGACAAGAAGGGUCCCGAGGGCGGGGCGGGCGGCGGCGGCGGGGGUGCGGCAUCGGCAGGAGCUUCGGCGAGCGGCGGUGGCGGCGGCGGCGGCGGCGACCCCAUCGCGGGGCAGGCCUUCCACCCCGUCCUGUCGUACGCCUACCUGGACGCCGCGGACCCUGCGGAGCAGGGAGCGGAGCGGGAUGAGUCGCCGCCCCGCGUGAGCGUUUGGUCGUGUAGCGGGCUGGAGUUCGAGCCUUUGCUGGAGACGGUGCUUCGACCGGAGGAGCUCCCGAAUAUGGCCGUGGUAGUUGCCGUUGACCUGUCUCGGCCCUGGGAGGUCAUGGAUUCUGUGGAAAAGUGGACGACAGCGAUGGAAAAGCACGUGACCUCGCUGCUCUUGCAGCUCUCCGUCGGAGCUCAGGACGACUUGCGUAGCGCCGUCAAGGAGAGACUGAGAGGGAAAGCAAAGGAGAUCGGCGGAGGGGGCGGCAGGAUGGGAGGCAGCAGCGGCAACGACCCUCCUGGCGGGGGCCUGGGCGACGGAGUUCUGGAGAGAAAUCUUGGCGUGCCCAUGGUGGUGGUCGGGUGCAAAGCGGACUCAUUGCAGAGCGAGACGUUCGAGCAGCAGCAGCGAUUGCACUUUAUCCAGCAGAGCCUCCGCAGAUUCUGCCUAAAAUACGGAGCGGCCUUGGUCUACACAUCGGCAAAGGACAGCGUGAACUGCAGCCUGCUGCACCGAUAUCUGCUCAGCUGCGUCUACCCUGACGCGUUUUCGUUCUCCGAGGAAGGCCAGACGUCCGACGCAGCCUUCAUCCCUGCAGGCUGGGACUCGAAACGCUUGAUCGACGGCCUCCUUUCCCCGGACAAGACCCCGUGGGGACCCAACGCAACAUUCGCGGAGGUAGUGGUCCCUCCUCCCGGUGCCGUCGGCCGGGGGGCUAGCGGCAGCGGCAUGGGGGGGUGGAUGGACGGCGACUCCGGUGGGGACGGCGGCGGCCUUGCGGCCGGCGGGGGAGAGGCGGGGGGCGGCGGCGGCGGAGGGGGGGAGACCGUGGAGUCGGAGGAGGCUUGGUUGUCGAGCCUCGGGAAGCAGGUGGCCGGAACGGAUAGCAAGUCGCGAUGGCCCAGCGCGAUAGCGGCGGCAGCCAAGCACGCCAAGGCGUCCAAGUCGCCCCGGAAAGCACCGGCCAACGCGCCGGACCCACGGAGCUUCUUCGCCAACUUGCUGGCAACCGGGAGCGGGGCCGGGUCGCCACCGGUCUGCGCCGCGGCUGGCUGCGGGUGUUUGCUCGUGAAUUGGUUCUGGUAA